AUGCAACACCAGUAUGUUGUGGAGGCCCCAGCACAGCUGGACAGCAUGACCCGCAGUCGCAGCCGGAGCAGGGAAAGGUGCCGUGACAGCGACCGAGAUCGCGAUCGUGACCGCCGUGAUCACGGUCGGGAUCGAGAUCGUGAUAGGGACAGGGACCAUAGUGGCCGCCUUAGGAGCAGCAGCUUGGAGCGGGAUUCGGGUCGGGAUCGCGAGGGCCGCCGGCUGGAGACUGGUUCGACGGAUCGAGACAGGGAUUUUGAUAGGGACCGGGACCGAGAGAGGCGAGAUGAUGACCACCGUGACAACAGAUCAAGCCGUCGGAGUAGAAGUCCGGACCGGCGACAGCGCAGCCGCUCACGGUCGCGAACUCGAUACGAUAGUGAUCGCGACCGAUACGACAGGGACCGCGGCGGCUACGACCGUUCGCGUUGUCGCGAUGAGGAUCGGUUUGACAGAGAUCGCAGCCGUGACGAUCGAGACCGGGAUCGCCGAGAAGGCCGUGAUCGGUAUGACAGGCGCUACAGCCGUGACGAUGACGAUGGUUAUGGUCGCCGGCGAUAUUCCUCACGCAUGGAUGAUUUGGAUGGCGGCAUGGACGGCCGUCGCAGCCGUUCCGUGGAUGCGGAUGACGCUUUUGACACCUGGCGGAGCCGCAGGGGCCAGCCUAGCAACCUGGUGCACGUUCGGAACAUUCCGGAAGACCGUGACGAAUCUGAGGUGCGGCAGCUGUUUGAAGGCUUCUCCGGCCUCUUGUCGGUGAGGUUGGUUCGCUCGCGCACCAGCGGCGCAUCCCGUGGAAAUGCCUUUGUGGAGUUCGCUACAGAGGCGGACGCAGCUGUGCUUAUGGAAACGAAAGCCCGGCACGGCUUGCAGCUGGGGGGAAACACACUGUGGUUGGAAUAUGCGCACUGCGUACCUGCCAUGCUGCCGCCCGCAGCCAACACGUUGGACUGGAUCUGCGAUAUGUGCAGCGCCGUGAACUUUGCGAGGCGCAUUGAGUGUCACAAGUGCUCGACGACGCGUCCCAGCAACCCGCAGCGCGCUGCUGCCGAGGCGCAUGCGCCCUCCCCCAUCCUUAAGGUGUCCAACUUGGAACCUCAUCUCACUGACGAUGACCUGCGGUCACUCUUCCUAGCGCACGUGUCAGUAAAGGACGUACGGCUGGUGCUCGACAAGUAUACAGGCCUGCCACGUGGAUUGGCUUUCGUUGAGAUGUUUAGUGUUGGCGAGGCCACUCGGGCGCUUGGGCUGCUUAAUGGCGUAGUGCCGUCGGGAAGCUCGCAGCCCUUGCGGUUAUGUUACGCGCGUGACAAGUUCGGCGGCACAGGUGCUGGGCCCGCUGGCACUUCGGCUGGAGCGGAAGCUUUGGAGGCCGCACAGGCCAUGUCUGCGUAUAGUAACUGGGAACCGAAGGCCUUUGACGCGCGAGCGCUGGACGGCGAUGCUCCAGACGGACAGCAGGAACAGCUUAACAAAUCGCAGGAACAAGAGCAGGCAGGCACAUCCGGGGGCUCCGCGCAGGGACAGGCGCAGGGACAGGAACAAACGCCGGCUGGUUUCGUUUACGAUCCGACUUCUGGGUAUUGGUAUGAUGCAGCAAGCGGCUAUUACUACGAUGCCAACACAGGCUUGUAUUAUCAUCGGUCCACAAACCAAUGGUACUCGUACGACCACGCGACCGGACAGUACGCGGCAGUGGGAGGAGGGGCGAGCACCAGCGGCGAUGUCAAAGAUGCCAGUGUGAGCACCAGAGCGGCGUACCAGCCUGCUCGUGCUGGGUCAGCCAAGCGUUCAAGCGCAGUCAUAGGCGCGGCACCUGUCCUUAACGCACAGGGUUUACUUGCUGCAGCGGCGCUUGUUGAGGAGAGGAGCAAGAUGGCCCAGAAGCAGCAGCAGGCAAAGCAGCAAGGAAAGGCGCAGACUGCCGUCAAGGCGAUCAUACAGCAACAAUCGUCACGGCCGCAGCCCGCGGGUGCUCAGGCUGCUGCGGUGCCUGCACAAGUGCAGGGUGUGAUACAUCGUGGCAAGUGGGCCCAGAGGAGCCAGCAAUAGACACCAGCAUACCAACGAGUGCGUUAGCACCGCUGCGGGAGCGGUAUAUUAUUGCAUUCUAGAGUGUCAUGCAUAGCGGCCAUUGAGUUUGAAGAGUCCAACGGUCAUCCAGCACAUCUAUGGUUUUAUGCCCUCAGCUUGCAGCUCGAUUCAUGUUGCACGAAAUGCACAAGGUGUCCUCGUACUGGGGUCGACGACCCGUUUAGCUUGUGCUGAGGACUUGGAAGUGUGGUUUGUUCCUGACAUCUGCUGAUUUAAGGCACCGAAAGAGUUUUGGCUGUUUGUCACGAAGGUCUGACAUAGACUGUAACCUGCCACAUGC